AUGGAGGAUUUGAAGGACGGAAUGUGUCGGUGUUGUGCCUCCGAGGGCACUUAUAAAGACUUCACAGCUUCAUAUCAAUGGAUGGGUGCCGAAGAAGUAUAUAGCGACAUGUUAAAAGACUGCUUCGAUAUCACUCUCUCAACGUCACUGGAGAACAAUGGUGGUAUUUGCGAGGUCUGCAUCACACAAUUACGUAAUGCAUUUAAUUUUAAAAAACAGGUACAAAAUACUGAAGAACAAUUUAAGAGGAUGCAAGAUAAGUUUUUAAAAGAAGAUAUAGUUAAAAUAGAAUUGAACAACGAUCCAAUGGAAAACUCUGAUGGUGGUGAUAAUAUUGAUGAUGAUUUCUCUAGUCCUGAAUACGACGUACCAAUCCAGUCAAUUAAAAUUGAGAAGAUGGAGUCGAAAACGAAGAAGCGACCAGCGAGGGCCUCCACGUCGAAGGCGAAAAAGCCUAAAGUGGAAGUUGGCGAGCCGUCGAAUAAACGAACAGAAGACGACGCCCCCAAACGCAGAAAGCGGAAAGUGAAAUCUGAUCAUAGCGCCACCCCAGAGCGCAUUGAACAUAGAGUUAACCUGACAACGAUACUACAAUACUCCAACGCAAGCCCGUUUAGGGAUAAAACUAUGCGCGGUUUCUCUUGUCUGUACUGCGCUAAAUAUUUCCAAACAAUUGACGAGUUACGCAAACACACAGCGCUACAAAUCGAAAAGAAUAAAAUCAAUAAAAUGCUCGAUUAUAAACUUAGCUACAAUCCCAUAAAAGUCGAUAUCACAGACCUCGAAUGUAGCAUUUGCCAACGCUCCAUGAAAGACUUGAACGAAUUGAAAGAUCAUUUAACAAGCGAACAUAAUAAAACAAUACAUAGAAAUAUAAAAGAUAUCAUUCUACCAUUUCGAUUAGAGAACGGACAAAAUUUUGCUUGCGUUCUAUGUUCGGUUGUUCAUAUUUCGUUUAAAAAUUUGUAUCAUCAUAUGAGCAGUCAUUAUAGGAAUUACUGUUGUUCGAAAUGCGGCGUUGGUUAUAUAACAAUUGCGGCGUUGCGUAAACACGACAAGACCCACUUUCAGGGCAACUUUGCUUGCGACUUCUGCGAUAAAACGUAUACGUCGUUGACGAAAAAACGCAACCACGAAAAAGGCGUACACACUGGCGGAUGGCUGCGCAACAAAUGCCCGCACUGUCCGGAAAUUUUUGUUAGCUACUAUGAUCGAAGCGAACAUUUGGUCAAAGCACACAAUCAGGCGCCACUAAUAUUCCCAUGUAAUGCCUGCAAUAAAACGUAUAAGAAGAAAUUUGAACUAAACAGACAUAUACGACACCACCAUCUCCAACAGAAGAGCUUUCUGUGCGAUAAGUGUAAUGCGAAGUUCUUCUCGAAGCGUGGUCUAGUAGACCACAUGACAAGGCAUACGGGUUCGGAGGUGUGUUCGUGUGAUCUAUGUGGAAAGACGUUUUCGCGACUCCGCACUCUGAAGGACCAUUUGAAAAUUCAUGAGGACGAUAAGAGAUAUCAGUGCGAGGUCUGCAAGAAGACGUUUAUGCAGAAGUGCAGCCUGAAAAGUCAUAUUAAACUGCACCAGGAUGACUUGGAUAUAUUUAAAGAGUUUGAUGAUGUCAAACAUUUGAUUGAUAAUAGGGAGAUGACGUUGAAGGAAAUUGCGGCUGAGAGUAAGAGGAAGGCUGAGGAGGAGAAGAAUUGGUUUGGCAAGAAUGAUGCGGACAGCUGA